ACGAGGAGUGGAGAGAAGCUUGUGUGGCUGCUCCUGCAAAGGCAGCAGCUGUGAUGGGCAGACCUCAAAAUAAUCUGCUCCGGCCACCAACUGUGAUUGGUCAGUUCCACACCCUGUUCUUUGGCUCUGUGCGUAUGUUUUUCCUCGGGGUUCUGGGAUUUGCAGUUUAUGGCAAUGAGGCUCUCCACUUCAGCUGUGACCCUGACAGGAGGGAACUGAACCUUUUCUGUUACAACCAGUUUCGACCGAUAACACCUCAGGUAUUCUGGGCCUUACAGCUUGUGACAGUUCUUGUUCCAGGGGCUGUGUUCCAUCUCUAUGCAGCAUGUAAAAACAUAGACCAGGAGGACAUCCUUGAGAAACCCAUCUACACUGUCUUUUACAUCAUUUCUGUUCUUUUGCGAAUCAUCCUGGAAGUGGCAGCAUUCUGGCUGCAGAGCCAUCUCUUUGGAUUUCUGGUUCAUCCUCUGUACUUCUGUGAUGCCAGCCCACUGGAAAAGGCCUUUAACUUCACCAAAUGUAUGGUGCCAGAGCAUUUUGAAAAGACUAUCUUCCUCAGUGCAAUGUACUUAUUCACCAUAAUCACUGUGGUUUUGUGUAUUGCUGAGAUUUUUGAAAUCCUCUGCAGAAGGUUCGGCUAUUUGGGCAACCAAUGACAGCUCUGAACAAUCUUGUGAACUUUUAUGUUACAUGUUUUAUUUUUCAUAUUUUAAUGACUGUUAAACAUCCAUCCAACUGUUGUUCUAUUACUUCUCAUGAAGCAUAAUAAGCAUUUAAUCUCAGGUAGAAUGGAAUGUGAUUGUGAAAUGUACCACACUUGAGUCUUACUUUGGUUACAUAAUACUAACAAGCUUUUAACUAUGUUUAGCUUUUAAGGUAUUUUCUGUUGUACUGACAGAAAUCUAUUGAAGUGUAUCCCUGUCAUUUCUGACCUAUAGUGUUAAGGAAUUAGGUUUUUCUGUACUGUUGC